AUGGUUGUACAAGCAUUCUUAAAAGGUCUAAUUGACACUGAGGCGCAUCGAUCAGCUGCCCAUGUGAACAUAUUGAAAGCACAAAAGUCCCAGGCACAGUAUGUGGAACGAAGAAUAGCCAGCGAAAAAACCGGUUAUCAACUCCCAUUCAAGAUAGGUGAAACUGUACUCAUGUACAAUGACAUUGUAUCUCGAAAGUCCUCCGAAAUACUCAACGACAGGUAUACCGGUCCGUAUUAUAUACAUCAAGUAUUCCCGAAUAGCACAUAUAUUAUCAAAUCUACAACAGGAGAGUUGGUACCACGACACAUCCACGGCAAAAAAUUGAAGAUAUAUAAAGCUCCAUCAUUGCCCACCUUCAUACAAGAAACUAACAAAUCCAAUGAAUCCAAUUACCCAGAAUCAAAAAUUCCUCGACCAUUUUCUGGUCGAGUCUCCCCCAAGCAGCCCUCCUCAAACCUUGUCGGAAACUCCCCCCCUCCCCCCUAUCCUCUUAGGUGGCGGUACUACUACCUUUCUGAUGGCAACUCCCAUUCUGGACCCUCUAAACCAGCCGGACCAAAUUGA